CUCACUCUUUCAUUCUUCAUUUCAAUCUCCAAACUUUUUUCAUUUCUCACUCUCUCUCUCUCUCUCUCUAAGAAAGACAACAACCUAAGACAAACCCUUUUACCUUAUUCCUUGUUCUUCUUCUUCAUUAUUCUCAAGCAUCAAAUUUUUCUUCUUCUUCAUCAGAUUCUCUCUCAAAAAUCAAUCUUUUCAACAACCCUUUGAGUUUCUCUCACUAAAAAUCCAAUCUUUUCACAAAUUUCUCAAACCCCAUUUUGAUUCUCUUUGAUUCUGAUACACCCACAAGAAAAAGAUUCAAUUUUUAUCACAAAUUUACUUGGAUAAAAAAUGGGUUUUUCGAAGAAUUCGAAGAAAACACAAAUAGAGAAGAGUUUGGAAUCUGAAGCUAAGAAAUGGGUAAUUGCUGGAAUUUCUCUCAGGUCAUUGAAGCCCAUAAACACAAAGAUGAGCACAAAAAACGGCGCAGUUUUUGACGAAGAAGAUGAAGAAAAUUCAACAACACCGACCGCGAAAGAAGCUAGGAUACCGGUGAACAUGUCGUGUCCACCGGCACCAAGGAAGAAGAAAGUUUCAAAGUGUAACAAUGUUGUUGGUGGUAGAGAGUUUUUCAAGUGUCCUGAUUUGGAAACAGUGUUCAAGGUUCGAGUUGAGAAGAGUGUUUGAUUUGUUUAAAGUUUAUUCAACUAACAACAAACUUUGAGAAAUUAGGGUUCAUAUUCUAUGAGGAAAAUAAUUUAUGGAGUUUGAUUUUAUUCUUAUUGUUAUGUUAUGUUCCUCUUUGAAGAGAAAAAGAAAAAAAAAACAAGAACCUAUGUAUAAAUGAAAAAUUUUCAAUUUCAAUAUUUACAUGUUAGUAGAAAAUUAGAGACUAUGUAGUUUAGUUUUGUUUAAUUUAA